AUGCUUACCAGCCUCUUUGCGCUCACAGCAGGCCUGGCGGCCACGGCGUCGGCCUUCGACUGCUCUGGUCCCUAUUUCAGCUUCUACAAUCGAAAUGGACCCGCGUUGAGCUACCAAAGACUGGAUCCCGCUCUCUUCCCCGGUCAGGAGAGCCCACAUCUCCACUCCUUCGAUGGCGGAAGCGGACUAGCUGCAGAGAUGUCCUUCGACAGCACACAGAGCUCAACCUGCACCACCGCCCGCAUCAAGCCCGAUAAGAGUCUGUACUGGCGCCCAACGCUCUUCUGGAACGGCAACAACACCGGCUACUACCGCGUGCCCGACCAGUUCCUCAAGAUCUACUACAAGUUCGGGGACUCCGGCAACGUCAAGGCCAACGUCAGCGAGUUUCCCGAGAACUUCUCCAUGAUUGCCGGAGACCCGUUCAAGCGCUCAGACGGUGACAACCCGGCUGGUAUCAGGUGGGCGUGCCACGGCCCGGACAGCGGAGACGAUAUCUACACCAACGGCUUCCCGAAGGGAUUCACCCAGUGCAAGAACGGCCUCGCCAGCGAGGUCACCUUCCCGUCCUGCUGGAACGGGAAGGAUCUCGACCCCAAGAGCCCAGCGGCCCACAUGACCUGGCCCACCAACAAUGGCAAGGGCCUGGACGCCUGUCCCGACGGCUUCAAGGCUGCCCGCUUCCCGACCAUCUUCAUCGAGUUCUGGUAUGAUAUCUCCGCGUUCGAUGGCCAGUACAGCGCCGAUGACGUCCCGUGGGUCCUUGCCAACGGCGACCCGACCGGUUUCGGAUUCCACGCUGAUUUCCGCAACGGCUGGGAGAAGGGCGUCCUCGCUAAGGCGACGGCUGAUGAGGGCUACUGCAAUUGCGGCUGCGGAUGCGGCAACGACGAGAUGAAGCAGUGCUUUGGCGAUGCGAACGUCAAUGAUGACAGCGACGCCAAUUUCAAGUCGUGCUCUGCUACAGCCGAGUUCCCGGGCGACGACUCGUCUCCGCUUGACAAGCUGCCCGGCUGCAAUCCCAUUCAGUCCGGUCCUGCUGAGGCCACCCAGGCCACUGGCCCAGAUUGCACCGCCGCUGCUGCUCCCGCUACCGGUGGGGACGAGUCCUCUGCUGCUGUCAGUGGGGGUGCUAGCGCUACGCCUGCUCCCGAAUCCUCGGGCGCUGCUUCUUCUGAAGCUGCUUCAUCCGCGGCCGCGUCGAACACGGGUGCUUCGAAGGCUGCCUCUGUCGCGGACGCCGAGGAGACGAGUGCUCUCCCCUCCCUCACAAUGAGCAUCCCCAACAAGGAGCUGGGCAACGGUGUCCAGUCAGAAGGCGGCUACGACAUCGCAACCACGCUGUCGAAGACCGCCGCCGGCCAGAGCGAGCCCACCAGCGUCCCCACCAUGUCCCUCGUCUCCAGCGCCGCUUCGCCCACCGGUCCAGCCCCUACCAGCGGUUCCGGCGAGGGCGAAUGCGCCGUCCCGACCACCGUCACCAUCACGCCCACCAUCUACGUGACCGCCGGCGCUGUCGCGAACGCCACCUCCUGCGAUCCCGGCACCAUCUACAAGACCGUCACGAAUACUGCUACGGUUACCGUGUCUGCGGGCAGCAGCUAUGUUCGCCACAAGCGGCACGGUGACUUGCACCACAAGCACUAG